AUGAACUUUUGGGAGAGACAGUUGCACAAUCUGGUAACAUACUCGACGCCUGAUACUUAUAACAGGUGGUUCAAUCCGAACAUUUGUCACGUCUGCAAAUCACCAAGUACCAAUUUGUUAUCGUGCGAUUUGUGUGGCAUGAUCUCCUACUGCAGCGAGGAACACAAAGAAAUCAAUAGGCCGCAGCAUACGGAGAUCUGUUCAAUUAUGGUAAGCAUUUUAAACGAGGAGUCACAAAGGAAGAGUUGUCAAUUCAUCCUGAAGGCUUGGAUCCAUUCGAGAAUAGAAUUUAUACGUUCGAUUAAUCGGCAGCUGAAACGCAAAGCAGAGCAAUAUGAAAUGGAGAUGGUCAUAUUCGCAAGAUCCUGCGUUAUUUGUCAUCGGCAGACAGAUCUGCACGCUUGUCUGACGUGCUUUUCCGCCAACUAUUGCACAGAGCACGAGGAAGAUUUUAAGAGACACCACAGCGCCACUUGCAGGAAAAUACUGUUAGGUCUGAACCUGGAUAUCAAUUUUCCGCAGGGUUUUCUACAUCCUAUCAUCCUCAAUAUGUUUCCCGAUGAGAGGAGACCUGUUACCGACAUGCUUACCUUUGUUCGUGAGCUUAUACACGUACAACCUAACGUCACGGGCAAUAUUGAGCCCGUUUGGCAUUGGUCUGCCCUCGAUUAUUUCUAUUCCGAUUACGCGUCAGACCCGUUGACUUUGUAUUUUGGAUUACGGGGUGCCGAUUUAUCGCAUUUCCCGAAUAUCACAACCAGCGCCUUCGUUGUUCACAUAACAGCUGCGUAUUCGAUGCAUAAAGACUGUUUGCCAGCUUGGGAACUAUUCAUACAUUUUUCACCUCACAUAAAGAAUUUAAAAGUUAUACUGAUAGGACAAGAAUUACAAACCGAGUAUAAUGUUAUCAAUCUUUGCGAGAUAUGCACCAGGAAGGGUAAAAGUUUCAGUUUCGAAUGUCAUAGUACAUUGUACCACAUUUACGUGAGCGAUGUGGCUUAUCCAAGGCCAAAUGUGAUUAUCUGGUUUCAAGCAAAUCUUACCCUCAAGAAGGAAUGCGUGGAGUUGAUUUCUAAAUUAUGGGGUCAAGGCUGUCCGUUGCUUUUAACCACCAAAUCGCAAUUUACAGCCGAACAGAACAUAAAUGAGAUACAACAAGUCUUAGAAAGACAGUCAAACAAAAACAACGAUGUGGCAUAUUGGGAGAGAGAAUUGCGCAUCGCUAACAGACUCUUAAAGCCUGACACUUAUAAUGACAGUUUUAAUCCAAACAUUUGUCACGUUUGCAAAUUUCCAAAUAAUUUGAUAUCGUGUGGUCAGUGCGGCAUGAUCUCUUACUGCAGCGAGAAUCAUAAAGAACUUCACAAAAAGCAGCAUAUGGAAAUCUGUACAAUUAUGGCAAAUAUUUUAAAAGAAGAGUCGCAAAGGAAAACUCGUCAAUUUAAUCUUAAGGAUUGGAUCAUUUCGAGAUUUGAAUUGAUACGUUUAAUCAAUCUGCAGCUAACACGUGAAAUGAAGAAGUAUGAAAAGUUGAUCGUCAUGUUCGCAAAAACGUGUGUUAUUUGUCAUCAACAGACAGAUCUGCACACUUGUCUGACGUGCUAUUGCGCCAACUAUUGCACUAAUCACGAAGAAGACUUCAAAAGACGCCAUACUUUCAUUUGCAAAAAAAUGCUGUUAAGUUUGAACAUAAGUAUCAACUUUCCGAAAGCAUUUCAGCCUUUCAUAAACCUCAUUAAGUAUCCAAACAAGGCGGAACCUAUCACUGACAUGAUGGCAUUUGUUAAAAAAUAUCUGCGUGUACGAUACACAGGCGUAGAUGAUAUUGAAAAUCGCUGGCAAAUGUCUGCUGUCGAUUAUUUAGCUUCUGAUUACGUAACAGACCCGUUAACACUGUAUUAUGGAUUGCAAAACACAAAUUUAUUACAUCAACCUCUCAUCAAGACGAGCGUUUUCGUCAUUCAUGUACUAAUUAUGAACUACAUUACUAUAAACUAUUUGACAGCUUGGGAAUAUUUGUUGCAUCUGUUGCCUCAUAUAAACCAUUUAAUAAUUGUACUGAUAGGAUCUGAAAUGCAGAAUCUCGAGCGCUUUGAUAUUAACCUUUCGUUAAAUAUGGAUUUUAAUAAUAUGGGAAUGCCGCUUUCACAAACAAUUUUAGAAUUUCGCGAUAAAAACUGCCCAUUUUUGUUGACCUCGCAUUCGCAUUUAAUAGCCGUACAGAACAUAGAUAAGAUACAACGGGUCUUAGCGGCUGAUGUUUAUAUCGGCUGUAUCAGUACAAACAUUUGUCACAUUUGCAAAGUUCCAAGUAAUAUGAUAUCGCGUGAUGAAUACGGCAUAAUCUCUUACUUCAGCGAGAAAUGCGAAUUCGACAAACCUAAACAUAUCGAGAUUUGCUCGGUUAUAGUAAAUAUGUUCAAAGAGGAGUCGCAAAACAAAGCCUAA